AUGGAACCACCCCCAGCCCAAUCCGACGACGAGACAGCCAUCAGGACCCGCAUAACAACACACAUGAACACCUCGCACCGAGACUCCCUCUCCCUCUUCCUGCGUCACUACUGCAAUGUGCCGGCGCACUCCACCACCCCAGAUUCCACCACCCUAGCAACGCUAAAGCAGGACUCCCUGAUCCUCACCUCCCAAGGAAAACGCUACCACAUUCCCUUCCAGCCCCCACUGUCCUCACUCACAUCCUCUGCUGCGACCCGUCAGCGCCUGAAGGAAAUGCACAACGAAUGUCUUCGCGGUCUUGACCUGUCCGAUGUCAGAAUAACGACGUACCGGCCCCCUGACACGCUGAUUCAGCGAAUCAACUUCCUCACCGUUGUCUUGACCAUGCUCUCAUUUUCUCGCCGCGCAAAUUUUUUACCUGGAUCGCUGUUCUACGAGACGUCGGGGCUGAGCUUCGUGCCGAGUUUCGCAUGGUUUUGCUCGACAAUCCAACCAUGGCUAAUCACGGCUAUGUUGGGGAUUCAUGUUAGUGAGGUGGUGUGGAUGGCUAGGACGAGGUUGAGGAGGCAUGGUGUGGAGAGGUGGAGUCGGUUGUGGUGGGAGUGGGUGGGGACUUGUUAUAUUGAAGGGGUAGGAUCGUUUCAAAGGAUUGAUGGGAUGGUAAGGGACAAGGAGGAGGAGAUGAGGAAAAGAGAGGAGUAA